AUGUCAGGUGACAACAUUCAGAAAGAAGACAAUACUUCUCUGAGAUCUCAACAAACAGAAACGGAAACUUCUGAAUCCGUUUCUGACGGGCAUGGCGCCUUGGCGGUGUUGGCUUUGAAUCUCACCGACAGUCAAGUCGACCAGACCAUUUUCAGAUAUCAACAACUACGAGAUCCUAGUAACACUGAUGUCAUGUCCCGGAUCGAAGAGCUCCUCAGAGAAGCUUUGACCGAUUCCAGACGAAACACCGAUGAUGAAAGCGGUGCUUGA